UUUCACGGCACCUUUGCUGAUAAUAGCCAAAAAAUUGGAAACAGCUCAGGUUCCCUUCAGUGAGUGACAGGUAAAGGCGUGCUGCAUUGAGCCUGUGCCUUGGAACAACCUCAGCAAUAAGGAAACUUCCAGCAACACCUGACAGUCUGGGUUCAGCUAUGAAAAGUUACACCAGCUUCCUACUCGUGUGGUCUUUGUGACUUCCACCAUGGCGUACCGCGGCCAGGGCCAGAAGGUGCAGGAGGUGAUGAUGCAGCCCAUCAACCUCAUCUUCAGAUACUUGCAAAAUAGGUCUCGGAUUCAGGUCUGGCUGUAUGAGCAAGUGAAUUUUCGGAUAGAGGGUUGUAUUAUUGGCUUUGAUGAGUACAUGAGCCUCGUAUUAAAUGAUGCAGAAGAAAUUCACUCUAAAACAAAGUCAAGGAAACACCUAGGUCGGAUCAUGCUGAAAGGAGACAAUAUUACUCUGCUCCAGAGUGUUUCCAACUAGAAACUGGCAAGCACUCGAGAAGUUGAAGAGGUUGAAGAGGACAUGUAGUGUUUUUAAAGGUGUCUGCUGCUGGGAGCACAGUACGAGAUUUACUCAUAUUGUUUUAGUGGCCCUUAUGUUAUUAUCAGGUGACAAUAAAUGCUGUGAGGAUGUUUUUAUUAAAAAAAAAAAAAAAGAAAAGAAAAGUUACACCAAAGGGAAAGGACCAGUCAUAACAUGUUGCAUGCAGUAUGACGGCCAUAUGUAAUAUUCCUUUUAAAAAUAAGAUUUUAUUAAUUCUUUGAAAACUUCACAUAAUGUAUUUGCUCAUAUUCACCCUAAACACCUCCCAUGUAAGCUCUCAGCUCUUAUCCUCCCCACCUUUGUAUCCUACUUCUUGUUUUUAGCUUAAUAACCCAAGAACUUCAGUUUGUGUUGUCUGUUUAAUCCUGAGUGAGACAUCCAGUGAAGUGUGCCUGAGCUACCAGGAAGUGUACCAUUGAAGGAGAGUGACUCCCCUUUCCAGAAGCCGUCCGCUGUCUAUAGCUUCUCAGUUAGGGGUGGGAGCUCACAACUCCCUUCCUGCUCCUUGCCAAAAUUUUGAUUGGCUUGAUCAUGUGUUGUUCUGGUGUGAAACCACACCUCCGGUGUGUCUAUGGGUGCUUUGGUACUGCCGUGUCCAGAAGACACUGUUCUCUCCCGUAUUCCCCAACCUCGGGCUCAUACUGCCUUAUUACCCUUCUUUUAUGAUUGCCCCUAAGCUUGGAGAGAGAGUGUGCUAUGGAUGCCCCGUUUGUGGCUGAGCACUCCACCGUCACUUAUUCUCUGUACUUUGACCGGUUCUGAAUUCUUACACUAACUGCCAUCCACUGCACAAAUAAACUGCUCUGAUAAGGUCUGAGAGCUACUCUAACCAAUGUGUGGAAAGAUACAGAAUUAGAGUGCAGCUUAGGGCCAUGUCCAUUUAACACAGUAAGAAUAGUAGACUAGCCACAGGGGCUGAUGAUCUUCCCAACCCUGGGUUCUAGCCCAGAUUUUCAGUACCAGACAUGGUUUCUCCCAAUAAAAGCAGCCUUAAAUCCAAUCAGAAAUCAUUAGUUAUCCCCAUGACAUUCAUGCCACGACUAUACCUGUGUUCUUAUCUUGUCACAAUAGUCACACCUUUUUGCAGCACAGAGUUCAAAGCUGGAUAAAGACGGUAGAUGACUUCCCGCUCAGCAGCCUGCAGAGCAUGUUCCAGUACUAUGAAAACCAGCCAACAGGGAGGAAGCUUCCUGGUCAGUGCUGACCUGAUUUCUCCAUGUCCUGUGACUAAUGUGUGUGAUGUCUUCAGCAACAGGAUCUUACCAUCAUGUUCUGGUAUACAUUCAAGAGUAAUGGCAUUAUCCUGCAUUGUUUAGGGGGUCUCUGAAACACCUCUGAUCAACAACGUGAAGAACAGUGUCACCACACUUGGCAUAGGCUUUUUAUUUGGCAACCUAGGUCUUAUGUGAUGAGCAUAAUAAUCCCCUGGGUAGGGUAACUCCAAUAAACUCUUUUAUAUGUAUGUAAUUAUAUAC